GGCAAGCGGGUGUCUUCGGAGACCACUAGCCGGUCGUUUCAGAAUCUUAUCUCAAUUUUGAUGAUGUCAACUUGAUUUUAUCCUGCGAUCCUAGAAGGUUGCGCACCUUAGAUCCACCUGAACCCUCAGUUCUUUCGUGCCGAAACACAAACAUAACUGUCUUUCCGCAGUAUCGCGUGCGCCGCAUGAGCAUUCGUCAGCCUGUCUGUGUGAAAAUGACAGAAUGAAAGAAGAUGCGGUUGUUUUUCAAAACAGCAGGACCGGGCUCCGUCCCUCUGUUUUGCCUUCUCGUCCAAUUGUACAGCCACUGGCGUUUUUCUGCUUUCCAGCGGUCUUGCCUUUCUGCUACUUCAAUUCCCUUCGUGAUAGGGGCGCGACGCGUCAUCCGGCGCGAAACUAAAGACGCGGACACCUCUGGCUCUGCUGCGCGCGAGGAUCGAGGUCCUAUUUAUUCCGGCACGAACAACAGUUCCUCGGCCUCUACUACAACGGCGCAGGACCCGCAGCAAGCCACUCCCAGUGUAGCAUCAAAAACGCCUGACAAGAAUGCCACAGCGCUGCACACCACUCGCGACAGGCACACAGAAAUUGCCGCAGGUCGUGUAGUGACCGAUCUUCCAACGGUUGCGAACACUCCCACUUCUUCUUCGACGCCAAAAGCGCUGCACGAAGGCAACGUAACCGGAGAGGCAGUAAAGCUGGUUGACUCCCCCGGUAGUUUACUUCCGCGCAACUUCAGCACGGGUGAGUCUCUGUUUCUCGCCGACGGAGACGUCGAUUAUGUGCAGCCGCCGCAAGAGGAUUCACAAUCAACCGCAGCAAAAGGACCGGGGCCGCUGGUAGCUGAGGUCCGCGGCGAAGAGCCGGGGGCAGACCAGACACCACGACCACACGAACCAGGGGCAAACGCACGACCGAGUCGUCGUAAUAUUACGGGACCCAACAGCAACAAGAUGCUGCGAGUGGAAGCUGGCGCUGGAGGUGGUGAGGGGAAUGGGAGGGCGAUAGAAGCUUCGAUAGCUUCUAGUUCCGACGACCAUUAUAGUGUAAAACAGCAAGACGAAGAUCGUACAGACCCUGUGCCUCAAACUGGUGCAGAAGGCGCUAGUAUGUAGUGAGGUCACCGAACGGUUCUAACCGGGGAGUUUUUUUGCCAUCUCCCCUGAAAAACGACCGGCAGUUUUCAAGCGGGCGGGAGUGUUUUUUGACGAAAAAGAUUUUCAAUUAUCAAGCGGCCGGAGCUUUGCCAACAAACAAGCCCGGUCGAAAACUAUCGAUUCCCGCUUGAUAAAACGACGCAGGGGAGCCGGCAAAAGGGGCGCCCUUCUGAGGCGCCCGCCGCCUUGGUUUCUGGCGAUUUGGGGCGCCCAAAAAGGGGCGCGCAAAAAACGCGCCCAAAAUCAGAACAGCGAAACAGCAUGGCACGGCCGCGAUUUCGGAGCAUUUUGGGCGGUCGCGAAAGCGGCCGCCUUUUCGCCGGUUUUAGAGCCUGGGAAGCUUUACAAAAAGCGCCGGCGUGAAAAAUAAAAACGCGAAAAAUAAAAAGCGCCCCAGACGCGCAAAGCCAAUCCGCAUGCUAUGGGCCCGGUUUUUCUUCGCUUUUUGGGCGCCCCCCGUGGCACCCGGAUCGGCCCCAUAGCAUCGGGGCUGGCUUUCGGAAGGGAAUUUUGGAAAUGCGCCAAAAUUUGCGACGUUUCCCAAGUGGGCGCCAUACCGUGCGGCAUAACGUUACGCACGGCGGUAUGGCGAGCCCAUAAAAAGCAAAGCCGCGGCCAAGGCGGCGGUCGGCAAAAAAACGCCCACGACCUCACUACCCCCGCCCCGGCGGCUAUAUUUGGUAGGGGAACGCGACAAGAAGGUGGAAUAGCACCUCCAUCGGCGGUUCGUCCCCCAGGAGCGGAGCAAAAUUUGACAAUCACGACGCACAUACCGGAACAGCAGCAACUCGCGAGCGACAGCACUGUCCCCAAGGCUGCUAGGAGCCGAGACCGCGAAGCUGCGAAAGCACCUAGUAGUCGCAACACCAAGAAGCAAUUGCAAUCUUCUUCGCUGCAAACCCGCUCUGCAACGGCCGUGACGAGGAACGAAAGGCACAACCCCAUCAUCCCGAUCCAGCACUUGCAUUCAAAAAGACGCCUCCGGCAUGCUAGCACGACAAAGAGCCCUGCAGCUUUAGCUCUGCGCGAAGAAGAUAACAAUGUCAAAAUCCAGCUGCGCGGAGCUAUUGCUAGCGCUUAUCGCGAGAAAAAACUGUCUCAGUCUCAAACCUCUGCAGACUUUAGAAUACAGCAUGCCACACAAAACCCCUGAUGUGCCAAACAGCAAGAGAAAACACAUACGAAAAGCACCUGUCUUGCAUGUCAGGCAUGACAAAAAAGCGCCUCAAGGAGUGUCCGCAUCUCGAGUUGAGACUGAACAGUUUUUUCUUGCGAUAGCGCUCAGAGGCCGACUAGUAGUUCUUUCGGAACUGCUGGGGCGGACGACGGCCGCAGCGCCGCCAAAGAGGAGGCCGCCGCUCUGGUCAGCAGAAGCGGCGCCGGGCGCCAGCACCAGGAAAGCGCCAGCACGACCGAUACCGCCACUUCAGAUAUCCCCGGACACGACGAGGACAAAUCACGACACCCCCAAAUUCGAUCUGCGAGGAAAGCAGGUCCAGGUCGCGUCAGGAACGACCUAGAAAAACCUCGCAUGAGUGCUGACGUUUCCAGGAUAGAUUCGAAACGGACACCACCAUUAUCGUCCGCGGCGCCCACAACAGAAGUUGAAGCACCCGAGACAAGACGCAGAGACGGAGCAACGGCUGCACCGACGGACGCAAAGAAGCAGUCUCGAUUUGUUUCGCCGCCAGCCGCGUUUAGCACGACAUCGUCCACGGGGAAAGAGAGUCACAACUUCCGCCCCGCUCCCCUUCACCAAUUGUAUUCGAAAAGGCGCCGCCAGAAUGCAAGCCGGGCAAUGAGCCCGGCCGCUUUGGGCGGAGAUGAAGAAGACGGUCGAGGCUCGGUCUCGUCUGUGCCUGCAGCGCAUGACUCUCUAUCUUCUAAACACAAACAACUCCACGACCAUUUUCUUUCAUUUCAACAGGAGCAAGAAGAAGAACCCCAUAAUUUUCAGAAUUCUGCGGAGCGAGUAGGAGUCGGAAUACAACCGGAAGACCUCUAUCUCUAUGAUACGAACACGACCUCCUCGGCCGCGGCUUCUGUGCGCGAUAUUUUUCAACAAGAGCGGCUCCAUCGCGGCUUUCAGAGUUCAGCGGGUGCGGAGCAAACACAACCACAGGGCCCACCGUCUGGAAGCGCGGACCCGGACGCAGGCGGCGCAGGCAGCUACCUUCAAACGACAAAAAACUACAACGCUGAGUGCGAAACAGAUAAUCUAGAAUCCCAUCCGCAACCCACGUACGGGAACUGCGUUUACGAUCCAUGCCACCGCGUUGACGGGUGGGGCGAAUGGAACGAGUGGGCCCCGGCAAGCUGGGCCGCGGAGAGCGGACCGAAUAUCCGCAGUGAAAAUUGCUGCGACUUCCCCGCCCGCCCGUAGUCAAGACGGAAAGAACUUUUCUAGACAAAUCCAGGAGUUUUGGAAUGACAUACGCAUGACAACUUUGGCUACGCAGCGUGGUCGUGAGUAGCUAGCGCAGCCGCAUCAUACAUAGACUGUUUUAAAUUGAUUCGAGCAUCAAAAUUUUUGAAACGCGACUAGUGACUGGGAAUGGCUCUUAGGGGAAUCCGUAUCAUGAGACAAAUUUUUACAGGCGACGUGCAGAUUUGCAUGACAAAUCUGGGGUGGGGACGUUUCUACACAGGACACCGAAUGCGUGUGGGUUAGGCCAAGUCGAGAGACAGCGGAAAAAGGUCAGAAACGGGGAUAGAGACUGCGAGAACGCCUGGGGAAGCUGCGGCGGGGACGGGUGGGGCAACCACCGACAUAACUUGCACUAUAAUGAUAUGAAAGCGUCAGGCCCUUGGAAAUUUGUAAAAGUUGAAAAAAAAUGCGCCGUCAUGUAUAGAAUGCAACAAAUACAAAGUGUCUGUGCUCUGUUAGACUGGAGCCAACCGAGGCAGCUUGUAAGCCUGCCCAGAGUCAUAGGCUCCGGUGUAGGCGAGCGCGACAAAAAAAAGCCCUCCCUCCGCUCUAGAUUCCUGGACGGCGUGGCGAUUGGCCCUCCGUGUCUGGGAAAUCUGUCGUACGCUGCUUCAGAGAAUUUGGAUUCACCAAUGGGGUUCAGUUUUAUGCCUCAAAAAUAUGUAAUUGUAACGCGUAGCGCUUAAGCUUAUAUCAGUGUGCAUGAACAAGCAAGGAAGUUGCACUGUUCGGCGUCGGGCUGGCUGCCCGUCGCCGACCACCUUCGGCUGGGUCUUUGUCCUCUAUCGUUAGUCUUCGCCUCGCCUUGGCUUGCCUCGGCUUGGCGUUUUUUCGUCUCUUCGGUUCUCGGAGGUUGGAUAUUUGACGGAGGGGAGAAAGCGAGGCGUACUUGUACGCCUCAGGCCUUCGCUCUGGUUCUGCUUCGCAUUCCGCGUUGUCGUUUCCGGCGCUGCCGAUACUUAGUGUGGACCAAUACAGUGUGCGGCAAGGAAAGAGCUCCGGCGGUCCCGUUGCCACUGAGCUGCCCUAGCCAUGGGCAGGUCAGAACAGGAGGUGUGCGUUUUUCCGUGUGCACGUAGCUCGGCCCCACCGAGCGCCAGGGCAUUGUCCUGACAGGGGGUGAUGUCCCGGUGGGAAGGAAGUUGCUGCGCAUAGAGAUGUUGGAUUCUUCAACUUCCUUCCAGGUUGUUCCCUUGCGGUGGUACCUACGCACAUGUCGCUGACGCGCUUACGGCUCUCGUGGGCGCCACUGGCCGGGGAGCGAGGGAAGGAUCCAGUUGGCCACGGUGUGGCCGCUGUGGUUCUUCACACACGCCGUUAAGGGCACAUGUCCGGCGUUAUCUCGGCCGUUGGCUGAGGGGGCUUUCGGCAACACGCAACGGCAAACAGCGCAGCCCGUUCUGCGGCCUGCCGCUCUGCGUGCCGCGGGUGUCCCAUGAUUCUGUUCUCCGAUGUGAGUUGCAACGCAGCAGAGGAGCAGCAGUAGUGGGCCACUCGCCUGUCAGCGAUCGAUGAAGCCGCGAGGGCGGGGGGGCCGCGUUUCACGCUGCCACAAAUAGCGGCCGCACUCAAGGCGGAGCGACGCUGCUGGCUUCCUAGGGCAUUGAUUGCCCGCGAGGCCCUUGGCAAUUGCCAAGGGCCGAGCCCAGUCUAACUUUGGCGUUAGCCGGUAUAAGAUCACACUACCGCGAUCAUAAGCCGGAGGGAGCGAACCAUACUCCAACUACAAAAAACGCGAGACAUACGGCCACAGCACAGGGCACCCCAGCGCCCACCUUUUCGCCCCUGCCGCACGCUCGCAGGGGCGGCCGUCCGGUGGGUUGACAAAUACGAAGACACCCGCUUGCCCAAUGGGUACGGGGACAAAAUAGCGCAGUACAGAUGGCCGGCACCCACACCACACUCAUCGCCCCGCACCCUGGACGCGCAACCCCACAGCCCCGCAGGUGGCGGCGGCCUGCAUACAGUGGGUCCCAUGCCGGGGACGCCAGUUGAUAGAGGUGCUCCGCCGUCCGCGUGUAUGACUUCGAUGAAGCCGCCUGCGGGGAAGAAUUGGGGUGGGGUCGUGCGAUCGCGACGUCGUUGCAUUGCUGCGGCCUUUCGACGGGGGUCGUGACCUUCUCGUUGCAGCUUUUGCGCUGACGUUUGGUUGUGUCACUACGACGUAGCCAGACCUGUCGCGCAGGAGUAUCAGGAGUGCCGACUCGGAAGGAGAGCUGAGUAGCGUUGCCUACCGGCAUUGCGACUCCGUCCUUCCUCGGCGUCGGUCCGCCGGUGUUGAUUGCCAAGGCAGUCAGCACGGUCGAAGGGGUUCAGCGGUUGGUGUGGGGGCGAGAGCUGUCCGUCUUCGCGCAGUCUUGAUUGUUUCUUCUCCUGUUUCGAACUUCUCCGUUGUUGUUCGACUCAUCCAGCGUGCCUGGGAGCGCUUUGCUGAUGGAUCUGAUGAAACAAAAAGCCUGCGCGCUUCGGGCUGAAGCAUCGCGUCGCAGCGUUUUGCGCUGUGUCACAAUCCCGUGGAACUUUUCCGGGCAGACAUUCACUAGACAAACUUGGCAGCAAACUCCCAUAGCUCCACCCGGCUCCCUCACUUAGCUGCAGGGAUUACGUGCCGGCACUGUCCCACGAUCUCGCUUCCUAGCUUCGCAGCACCGCGCGCGCGGCCCUCUGUCCCCGAUAGCUCCGGGCCGCCCCGGCAUUUCCUCUCUCACCUUUGGGGAACGUGUCAGUCCGGCGGUCCAUGUCGUGUCCCAUGGCCUGGCCCACCUUUUUUAUGUCCCCCCGCGACGUGGCUCUGGGGGGUUUGGGAGCCUGGCUUCCGUGGCUUGCUUCCUGUAGCUCGCUGCGCCGGCCGAGUUUUCUUUUUGUUGGCAGUGUGGUCGCCGCAUGGCAUCUUGCGACCCAGUCUGGGGCGCGCUCUGUUCCAUUACUUGCGCUUUUAUUCAGAUGCGCACGCCUUCAUCCUAUGAGUGAAUUGCGCAGAGAAAGCGAAACCACAACUGCAUAAAGUACUGAUUCAAAUUGUUCAAUUUUGCCGAAUUCCAAGCUGGCGCGCCAAUAAACAAGUACAGAGUUUGCACAUACCCACCCUGCGAUUGCGAGGUGGGCAGUUGGAACGAGUGGGGCCGGUGCGAUGCAGCCUGCGGCAUAGGAACGCAGACGCGGAAGCGAACGCAGACAAAACAGCCCACCUCCGAGGGCCUAAGUUGCGCAGAGACUAAGGACGUCAAUGGCGUCGCAUACAACAUAUUGACGCAAAAGCGCGCGUUAUCCGAAAAAAACCGUAACCGCCCCAGAUUUGUCAUGAAAAGUUGCCUGUUGUGCUCAGGGUGCGUGGUCAUGGUGUUUCUCAUGUGGGUGUCCACUAAAGGGCCUGCGGCGCAGCUGGGAGGGAGCGGGUGUCCAUUACAUGAUGACGAUGGUGAUGAUGCGGGUUGCUAUGAGAGCGACGAGGCAUUCGAUUCCCUAAACGGUGUUUGGGAAUCUGUCGCGCACUGAUUAUCCAGACAGCAGAGAAGCGGAAUUGUAGAUGCAUCUGGAGUAGUUACGAACGACUACGCUGCACAGCCAGACUUGUUGUGCGUGAGUCCCACAACUUCAUCCGGCUUUGCUUUACAGGAUUUUUUUCCAUCUUGAAUUCAGGGCGGGGGCGUUUUUACUGGGGAUGCGUGUGCCAGAUCUGCGAGAGUGGAGAGUGGAAGUGCGAACCAGAUGAGCAAAAGUGCUCAAAAACAUGCUGCUCACUUCUUGACUCGAAGAGGAACACCAACCAGUACGACGACAACCGAAGUUGCCAGACGUAUGCAAAGACCGAAACUAGCGGUAAAUGCAAGUGGGGCUACGGCGACCCUGACGGCACCAGCACAUUAACAGAUACGACUGAGACAUGUGCCGACGCGAAGUACUACACGACCGCACUAUCGUCCAAUACGGAUUCCGUGAAACAGCAACACUGCAGCAGCAAAUGCACCGACGGAACCUCCGGCACCUGUAACUGUGCCAAAAUUGCGAUCUGCCACGAAAAAUGUCAAGACGCAAAUGAAGGCGCUCCGUCGGGCGGGUUUUGUUUCGACAAUUCCAGUCCAUCCGCCGGUUGGUAUUACCCGUCGAACAAAGCCAGCGACGAUGACGAAUGCGACAGCCCGAUUUGUGGCAGGAUCGGGGAAACAACUACAGCAAAUAACGUGGAAAAUGAUUGUUCCAAGAACUGCUGCAGUGCCACGGCCCAGUGCAGCAGCACGGAGGCGCCAGGCGGCAAUCAGCACUGUCGGAACCUAAAGGACCCCGCGAACCAAUCCCUAGACCUAGGCAAGGCCUACAACCGCGACAACGAGGCUAAAUUUUGCAAACUACAAAACUGUGACACAUCCAGCGAGCCCGACCAGAGCACGUGCUGCAAGCUACGGGAGUGUCAAUGCACCAGCCCUGGGGGUAAGACGCCGGCCACCGGGGCAGCUUGUCUAAUCUGUGCAAAAGUAUCGCACUCGUAGUAAGUAAUUCUUGGACGCAUGCGGUACAAAUCUAGCUCCUAAGUAGCAAAGCCAGCGUUUUGGACAAAUUUCUUUUCCAAUGCUGAGCCGAUUUGUCAUGCCAUUUAAGUACUAGAGUUGUGCGAUAGUACUUUUGCAAUGCAUAUUGUCUAUCAAGUGUAAAAAUGUCUGGGUCUGGAAGAUUGCCAGGUUUGUCAUACACAUUUUGCAUGACUCCUGAUGUCUGUGAUGCAUGCCCGAGCGUCACAGAUUUUGUAAGGGCUUCCUGAUGCCUAUACCGCAUGACAAAUGCUCUUUCCGUUGAGCAAAACUUGGACUCUCUUUGCUGCUCAUGCAGUACAGAUUUUUUUACAAUCCAAAAUCAGCAUGACAAGUUGCAAUCUUCCAGACCCAGACAUUUUUACAUUUGAUAUUGUCCGGCGGAAAGCAAUGAAUUCUGCACCGAGGUGGACUAUGGUUAUCACCUCGUCCAUAUCAAGUGCAAAAAUGUCUCGGUCUAGAAGAAUGCAAGUUUGUCAUGCUUGUCUCACAUGACUCUUAAAUUUGUCACGCACAUUACCCAAGACCCCCAUUUUAUUUUCUGUCGUGCAGAAACGCAGUUUGUCAUGCAGAAUAGGCAACACCAAGAAGCUCAGAAACUUGUCAUGCUGAGCCAGCACUUGUGGCCUCCUCAUGAUACGCCACCCAGCAUCACAAGUGUCCAGACCCAGACAUAUUUGCAUUUCAUAGUCCACGACGCAGCUGCGGGAACGCAAGAAGCAGUGCAGAACCAGUGCACGUGCGAGGGAGGCGAUCCGGCGGUGGGGCCGGAUACAGACAACCCCGAAGAUACGUGCUUUGACGUAUCCUGAGUUGCAAAAACGUCCUCCCCACACCAUAAUUCAUCAAGAGCGGUGGAAAUUUGAUCACAACAAGAUUUCGCCGUUGCGCAGGGCAGCCUGCCUGCCUUGGAGCCGCAGUGUACUACUACGCUUGGUCAGUUCGUGCAGCCACGUCGCAAAUCGACGAUCGCGAUUGCCUUAUGACAAAGUCCUACCGACAGCGUUUCUAAUGGAACUCCGUAUCAUGAGAAUCACCCUGCUGGGGACUAGGCAAAUAUGGAGAGGGGACGUUUUUACCCAGGAUGCGAUCAUGGCUACAUUCAAUGCAAAAGUACAGGCUGCUUAUCGGGUGCGAAUAUGUCUGGGUCUGGAACUGUGCGAAGUUGUGAUGCGCAUUUUACAUCACCCAAAAAUCUGUCAUGCAUAGAUUAGAAGCCAAAGGUUGCACAAUUCUUGCCACCGAAAGAAGGGCUUUAUUAUGCGGAUUACGCAUUAAGUGGCAUUCUCGAAGCUUGUGAUGCUACAGCGUGUAUGCCGAACCUUCUUGAUCAUGCGAAAGCUGCAUCACAAACCUCUGCAUCCUUCCAGACCCACACGCAUCUGCAUUUGAUACUGCUACGAGAACCACGAGUUCGAACCGAUCGAACGCAUCUUAUGCAAAGAAAAGACUGCUACAGGGUGAGAUUGUGUUGCAAAACAUGCAAGACAGACGAUCUCUGUCAUGCGCAAAAGACAUGCGUGUCUCGUUUCGUGUGCGUUUUGCCUUAUGAUCUCUGCAUUAGCGUCAUGCGAGGCAAAUUUGUGAUGUUGAAUUCACUACAGGUGUGUAACUGUAGCACUUUUUUCCUUGCAUGCAUCUGCCUGUGGGUCGACUAUCCUGCGUAAAAACGUCCGCACCCCAUAGUCAAGAAGAUGGGAAAGCUGCUAAACAAAGCAACAAGCUGAAGCUUUGGCGGUUGCGCAUGACAAGUCUGGGUGUGCAAUGUAGUCUCGUUUACCUGCUCAUGCAGAAGUAUGACAUAUCCAAGUACUUAGAAUAUUGUACUGAUUCGGGUAUCACAGAUUCCAAAACACCACUAGAAUAUGCUUCUCAUGGCGCUCCACAUGAGAAGCAAUUGCAUUUUAAGCAUGCAAAUUUGCAUGACAACUAUGCGUAGUGAGCGUUGGCGUGAAGUAAGUUGGAAUUCGUGGCCGGGAGAUGAUGGCGAUGGCGCUUCGGUGCCCGCCUGACCUGCCUUCCCUGCGUGACAGCCAUCUGCGGCCGUUUGCGAAGGGGGAGGCGAAGUGUGCUGCAAUUCCUUUAGCAUGACAAGUACGAGGUGGGGACGUUUUUACUCAGGGUACUGACCCCCCGGAAAUCAUGGAGGCAAACGUCACAAACGACUCCAAUGAGACCAACGAAACGGACAAAACAGCAGCACCAGCCUCCUCCGGGCUACUCGCAACCAUCCUGGUCGGGAUUGUUCUUUUCUUCGUGCUUUUUUGUUGCGGAAGCGAGGCCGAGGAACUCAUUGAAGUUGAGGAAGCGUUAUAGAGCGAACACAAAAUCAGAAGGAAGAAAACACACUGUUCCUUCACAAGUUGUCCUUGCAAAACUCAAAACAAAAUCAAGGCAAUUCAAAUUCAAAUUUACGACAAACGCGCAAACCACAGAGGCGCGACACAAAAACUCAUUCUUGCCAACACAAGUUUGCAAAAUUCUCCUUGAAAACCAUACACCCGAUUGACUCCAAACACCAGAGCAGGUCGCGGACAAACGAAGCAGGCAGGAUCUGAAGAGGCGGUGUGGCAUCCACAGACAAAGCAAACCACUUCAUACAGAGAAUUCAUUUAACUACACAUACCCAAUUCUCAAUUCAUCACUGCGCUUUUUUUUUCCCUCAGUAAAUACACAAUCAGGAUAUAUCAGGAUGUCUAUGUGUAUAUGAAAUCGAAAUACAAUUUUGAGAUGAUGGAUUCAUUGAAGAAAGACUUUGAAAAUUUGAAUAUUCAUCAAGAUGAAAUUUUUCCGAAUGUCAUAUGUUGCUG